AGAGAAUGGAGGCUGGGCCGAAGUCAACAUUACAAAACGUGAGCUAGUUGGACAAAGGGGGAGAGGACGUCGGACACUCGGUGCAGCAGGAAGGCGCCCUUCGUCAGCGAUAAAUCCUGUAUACUAGCUGGAGAGAGGAUAUUCUGUCCAGAUGAGAGAGUGGACUGAGUUGGAGAUGAGCUUUUCGGCAGGAGGGUUUCUCUGUGCCUCGGAUGGUUACUGCUCAUCAGAGCAGCUCCAGUAUUACGACAUGCUGGCUGACCCUCUGGCCUACCCCCCCCUACAGGACCCCGACCUCCAGCUGCUGCCCUGCAGCCAGCAGCAGUACACCCCCGCCAACCUGCCCUUCUCCCUCUAUGGCUCACCACCCUCCUCCACCCCCUCUCCGUCCUCCUCUUCCUCCUCUUCGCAGCCCUGCCAUCCUUCGUACCACUACAGCCCUCAUUGCAUGGAGGCCCCCUGUGAUCCCGGCCUCGAACCCCACAGCGGCGUCCAGGCCCCGGGGCUCGGGAUGGUGGGACUGCCCAUGGGGCGGCGGACACGGGUGAUGUCAGGAGGGAAGAACAGAGGUCAGGAAGAGCUGUGUGUGGUGUGUGGAGAUAAAGCGUCGGGGUAUCACUACAACGCUCUCACCUGUGAGGGAUGCAAAGGUUUCUUUCGGCGCAGUGUGACCAAGAAGGCCGUGUAUCACUGUAAGAGUGGCGGCAGCUGCGAGAUGGACAUGUACAUGAGGAGGAAGUGCCAAGACUGUCGCCUGAGGAAGUGUCGUGCCGUGGGAAUGCUGGCCGAGUGCCUUCUGACAGAAGUGCAGUGCCAGUCCAAACGACUGAGGAAAGUCGGUCAAGUCAGAGGACACAAGGAAGAGGAGAACGCAUACAACAAGAGAGUCAGCUCCACCUGCAGGCUGCCGGGGCAGGCUCCGGCUGCCAGUUUAACCCGAGAGCAGAAGCACGUGGUGGACCGGAUGGUGGAGGCGCACCAACAGUACAAGGGACAGGACAGCAGCCCCUGCAGGUUGCUUGAGUGGUCGUGUGCAGAAGAAGGGGGGAGCUUUUCUGAUGGUGCGACGCCCCAACUGCAUCGACUGCUGCAGUUCGCCAGGACAGUGCCAGGUUUUGACCUCCUGGAUUUCUCCGACCAGAGCUCUCUCUUGUCGGCCUCAUGGCUGGAGGUCAUGUUCCUGCUCUCAGCACAGCAGUUCUCCCACAACCCCAACAGCCCCAGUCCAGCCCUGCAGAUUUUUAGCAUGUCGACAAACAACUGGCUGAGAAAUGCAGAGUCAAAGGAAAACAUCCACAGCAGGAUGCCGGUCAACUCAGGAGGCAGUGAGGACCUCUUCGGGCCGCUUCUCAACUUCUUCCACAGCAUGGCGACGCUGCGGGUGACGGAGGCCGAAUACACUCUGCUCACUGCAACCGCUCUGCUCUGCUCAGGUCAGACCAGCAGGCCCAAACACCGUGCGUCCCUGCAGGCCGCCAGCUGCGUCGAGAAAAUGCAAGAACUGAUCCUGGACCUGCUGUCCAGGGUGUGCGGGGCCCAGGCGGGAGCCGCCCGCGGGGGGCCGCAGCGGUUCGGUCGCCUGCUGGGUAGACUGACCGAGCUACGGACCCUUCGUCACAACUACCUCCUCCUGACAAGACGGCAGCCGGGACACUGACAGGGAGGACGCAGCUCCGCCUUUGAUUAGAGGGACUAGAUGAUCCGGGGAUUCAGCAGAUGAAUUCUUUGGUUUCACACACCAUCAUCGAUUAAUUUUUUAGCUCAUGGGACUGAAAUGUGUUUGCGCAUUGCGGUAGUUUAUUUGGACCAAAUAUAUGUUAUCGGUCACUUAAAAAAAAAAAAGUUUUUAUAACCGUUGUAAAAAUCUAACAUUUACAAUUAGCAUUACUUUUCACAAUGCUGAAAAUUGUUGAAAUAAAAAAUAAAACAGUAUGUGCGCUCUUUUUCCGACUAAAAAGAGGGAGAAAAUGGACAUUAGUAACCACACUUGAGCUGAUGGUCUUUGAUGUAAAGACUUUUAGUAUUUUCCAAAUGGUUGUUAUAAUUCAAUUAGGGCCGGGACUUUAGCGCG